UAUAACUUGAUAUGAGUUAUCACUAGAUCUAAGUUAUUAUUUAUAACUUGGAAAUAGUGCGGCAGUGCCAUUGCUCUGCAAUACUUAUUAACGAGAACAAGUUAAGAUGUCCCUGAAAUCGGUUUCCGGGGGCCUGGACGGCUUCGCCCAGAAGACGAUAGGCUCCACGGUUCCCAUCGUGCAGAAGCAAACUCAAGAUCUCGGUACCACCGCAACAGCGAUCACUAGCUCAACAACGCCCGGCGAGUUCCCUGGGGAGAAAACCCGGGACAGAGUCGACCCACAAGACGACUCCUCUGGUCCGUGGUAUGCGCCAAUGACCGCAUAUGUCAAAAAUAUCAUUCCAAACAUGUUGGACUGGUUUGAGUCGACUGUGAAAUGGUUUUUGGCGGUGAUUUUCCCUCCACCUCGCCAAGCAGCCAUCUUCGAGGCUGCGCUGGAAAAGCCCUACGCUACGUCUUUUCUGAUAUGUCAGCUCAUUUGCUGUGGAGUGCCUUUCCUUGUGUUUUUGGCAGGUACAUUUCUAUUUGCCGCGGUGGCUGCAUUGCUGUGGGCGAUUCUAUCGUUUUUGAUCAUGGGACCGAUCUUCCUGGUCGCUUGCAUGAUGGGAGCGUCUCUGUGGAGCUGGGGGUUGGUUUUGUAUGCAGUAUUCAAGUGGGUGGACCAGACGUUCCUGGGUAGUGCCAUUACCAAGUUCUGGCUUUCACAAUUGCCCAAGAAGGAGGCGUCUCAGGAACCUCCGGAAAAAGCCAAACCAAAGGAGGAAGAGCGAUAAACAGCUGAAAUAAC